CGAAAUUUCUACUUUCAAACGUAACUUAUCACAACAGAAUAAUUAAUUGUUCAACGCAAACGGAUACUAUUUAGAGGGGUUCUAGUUUGGAUUUUCUGAUAUAAAUGACUUCAAUUUCGGAUGUAUAAUUGACGGUUUAGAAUUCCUUAUUGUAUACGAUACGAACUUCGCUUUUAGUACGGUUUUGUUAAAGAAUCUGCCAGUUUUUAUUAAUAAAAAAUCAAUUGAGCAUUAUUAAUUUUAUAUUUCAAUUUAUUAGAGACGGAAAGCUUAGGUUACCCACUUUAUUUAUUCAGACAUGAUCUUCUUAUUAUGCUCCGUGUUUGGCAUAGCCAUCUCAAUAUUCUUUGUUUUUUAUAUCCAUGAUGCAUAUUUAGCUAUGAAAUUUCAAAGCUUCGUUGACCAACAGAAAGAACAAAUGCGUUCUAAUUCAAAAAAGCGGAUUGACCCUAAUUCUUUAUUCAUGGCUACUGAUUUAUCCAAGAGUGUUGAAGAUAACUGCCGACUAGACUAUGAGUAUCAAGUUGCAUACUACUUGUAUACGGGUGUUGACAGAAGUUUAAACAAAAACAACGGCCGUCCCUCAAAAACCUUCGUCUUCCUUCAUGGGUUGGGAGGUCAAAUGGCUCAGUUUGAAGGACUAUUUAACUUUAUUCCAAAUGAAUAUUCGGUAUUUUCUUUAGAUUAUUGUGGAUGCGGACUGUCGAAGCGAGCCUUCAAUUCCCACAUAGGACGAUCGGCUCAUGAAUUAACAACAAAUGGUUUGACUAAUGUAGUUGAAAAGUUCAUUGAAAAGCAUAUAUUUCCUUCCGACUCCAUUGUACUCGUCGGGCACUCCAUGGGUGCAAGCAUAGCUACCCGGUUAGCCAAACGAUUGGGAGAAAAAUGCGAGGCUCUCGUUCUACUUUCUCCAAAAAAUAAGUUUAAAAAAGGAGAGCUUGAGUUGAUCCAAAGAGUCCAGAAGAUUCCAACUCCUGUUUUCAGCCUUUACCGACUUUUCGACCGUUGUAAGGGCCUCAGAAGUCCGUCCGUAAACCGAUGCUUUUCUAACGAAGCUACGCCGUCUCAGCGUGCGCAGCUUUGGAUUUGGAACCGCGAGAGUGAUACUUUUAUAUGGAAGAUGAUGCUGAUGGGCAUUGAAAGCGUCUUCACGCCUUCAUUUGUUUUCCCUUCGGUACCUACUUUAGUUAUAACAGGAGAUGAGGAUUCUCUAUCUCCUCCUUCUGAAAAAGAACUUUAUCAAGACUUACAAAAGAAUAUUUCCUUUGAAGUUGUUGCAGCAGGGCAUUGCGUACUAGUGGAAAACCACACGAGAUAUAUCAGAUAAUGCGCAGUUUUCUACAACUUUCAAAUUAGUCUAUCCGUUAUGACAGAUCCAAGUUUGCGUAGAUAAGGCAUGAUUUACGCUGUAAUAAAUAACUUUCUAUGAAUUAAAUGUAUAUGUCACUAUCCUCUUAUAUUUUAGUUAAGCAUGUACAAAAAGAACGGUCUUAUUUUUACGUAAACAAAAGAUGGAACUAAAAAGUAUCUAUACAUGAGAGCAUCAGCAUCUAAAAUCAUAAAAUUAGAAUGAUCGACUCGAGACAGGAGUGAAUCACCAAGGUAAAUGUCCGGUAUAGUACUUUGAAUUUCUUGAAGGACAAUACUGAAUUAAAGGAAUUAGUUCAGGACACGUUAUGAGAUAAGAAUGUUGUCUUCGAUAAGGAUUACGUUCUUUUCUUUUUCCCACCAGUAAAGCAUUUUCACAAGCGUAAGGAUCUUCAGUGAAAGGGAGAAGAGCGUUCUUUUUCUCUGCUUCAUAACUUGCUUGGGGGACUCCGCCUUCUGGGUCUAUACCAACGAAGUCAAAUUGAUCGCUCGGAAAACGAAUGGCCUCCCUAUGUAAAUUUAGAAACCUUUCUCUCUUAAACUCAAAGGAGACAACUGUUAUUUUCUUUGGAUAAUGUCCUGUGACUUCACGAAACCUAGCAAUUGAGAAGAGCACAUUUUCAAGACUAUCUCGAGCAAAUUCUUCAGUGGUCCUACGCGACAGUAACAGAGGAUCAUCAUUAAGGGAUUUGGAAAGUAAGUAAUAAGAUUGCGCUUCUGAAUAUGGACCAGCAUUUGGACGAGUUUGUCCUCCAGAAAAGACUAAUAGCGAAGACUCAUCUUGCUCAAGCAGCUCCAAACCUUUAUAGAUAUGGCUUGCGAAUACUUUCCCUUCACCUUUUUGGUAAGGUUCCAAGAUCCAUUCGCUAUCUUCUUGUCCUUUCGAAGACCCUCCCAGCCAGACGGCGUGACCAGCA